AUGGCCACAGCUCACAAGCGACGACACAGUGACGUGCUCGACGAACCUUCGAAACGCGCGGCGGGACCAAGCAAGCCCGAGAUCUCCCCAGAGCUUGUCCUUCAGCACAUGUCACAUGGAGAUCUGAAGGAGGUAGUCUUGACACUGCUUGCACAUCCAACCACUGGCGCGGUCACGGGGAAUCAACUGCUCGCAUAUCGCGACAGAGCCUUUGAAGAUGCUAGACGUAAUGCCAAAGAGGAGCGCAACAAUAUCAUCUGUGCAGCGGAUGUCUCGGCGGGGAACGCAUUCAGGACAGCUCUUGAGCACGAGGCAGUGCAGUCGAUUGAGAUUUGGCCACGGUCCUUGCAACCUCAGCUUCCGCGAAUUCAGGCAUUGAUUAACAGAGGCACCUUGGUCAACGGGCCUACCUUCGCAUGGGAUGCCUUGAAAAAAGUGACACAGAGGUCGAUGUACCAAUGGGAUGGAGGCGACGCGCGAGUCUUGCACGAUGAGAAAGUUUGUGAUUGGUUUCACGACGACAUCGACGGUUUAAUGUUGCAAAUCUUUCGCAUUCAGCAGCACCAUGACCCAGAUUGGCUACGUACGAAAAACCCAACAAGGAAGAUACGCGAGUGGCAGAACCGAGCCAAGACAUCUGAAGGACCAUGUACAUACCGCUAUCAGCGCACAUUGGCCUUCCUUGAGGCUCUUGAGGCUAUUGACCCACAAACCGUAGCCUGA